AUGGCUACCCCCAACCAGACGGUGAUCUCUAGUCCGCAGAGACCUGGCAUGGGGCGAAAAGGAAGCGGGACCUUCCUGAGUGCCCUGGGCAACUUGGAGUGGAAGAAGACUCAGGAACAGACACCGAGUCAGCUGACCAUGCUAAGUAAGGCGCAGGAAUUCUUCCAGACCUGUGAUGCAGAAAGCAAGGGCUUCAUUGCCAGGAGGGAUAUUCAGAGGCUCCAUAAGGAAUUGCCACUCAGCCUGGAAGAGCUGGAGGAUGUGUUUGAUGCCCUGGAUACGGAUGGCAAUGGCUUUCUGACCCCAGAGGAGUUUACUACUGGAUUUAGUCAAUUCUUCUUCAGCCAGAGCAACCCAAGUCAGGAAGAUGCAGGUGAACAAGUGACCCAACUCCAGGAAGAGAAGGUCUAUCAGUCCAGAGGGGAAGAGGAUCUGGGUGACUUGGAUGAAGAUGAGGAAGCUCAGUUCCAGAUGCUGAUGGACAGACUUGGAGCCCAAAAGAUUUUGGAGGAUGAAACUGAUGUCAAGCAACUUUGGCUGCAGCUGAAGAAGGAUGAGCCUCACUUACUGUCCAACUUUGAGGAUUUCCUGACCAGGGUCUUCUCUCAGCUCCAAGAAGCCCAUGAGGAGAAGAACGAACUGGAAUGUGCCCUGAAAAAGAAAAUUGCUGAUUAUGAUGAAGAAAUCCAGCAUCUCUAUGAGGAGAUGGAACAACAAAUCAAAAGUGAGAAGGAGCAGUUUCUCCUGAAAGACACAGAAAGGUUCAAGGCCCUCAGUCAGGAGCUGCAACAGAAACUAUCAUCUAAGGAGCAAGAAUUGGAACAGCUCGUCCAGAAGCAGAAAAGGCUGGAAGGCCAGUGCAUUGCCCUGCACAAUGACAAGCAUGAAACUAAAACGGAAAAUACCAAGCUGAAACUCACCAACCAGGAGUUGGCCCAAGAGCUGGAGCAGACCUCCCGUGAUCUACAGGAUGCUCAACAGCAGCUGAAAAGUCUUCAUCAGGAGGCCUACAAGCUGCACCAGGAGAAGGAGAUGGAAGUGUACCGGGUGACUGAGAGUCUGAAGAGAGAAAAGUCAGGACUCCUGAAGCAGCUGGAUUUCCUGAGGGAAAGGAACAAGCACCUCCGGGAUGAACGGGACAUACGUUUUCAGAAAGAUAAGGCAGCCAAGGCAAACACAGCUGCUCCCAACACAAGCUGGAAACAGAGAUCUGGCUCUGUGAUCGGCAAAUAUGUGGAUGGCAGAGGGAUUCUUAGGAGCCCAUCAGAGGAGGAGGAAGAUGUGUUUGGCAUCAUGAGGAGGAGAAGCUCCCUGGGCCUGAGUGGAUGUCCCCUGACGGAAGGGGAGCCAGGAACUGGGGGUCCACCUCCCCAGAGGCUCCGCAGAAUCAUCUCCAUUGAAGAAGACCCCCUGCCCCAGCUCCUGGAUGCUGGCCUUGAGCAGCCGCUGAGCAGAUGCCCAGAAGAGGAGGAGGUCUCUGAUCAGCAAGAAAAUGGACAAACCCGGCAGGACCCACCAUUGGAAGUCACACCUACCUCUCCCCGAGGACAGCCUGUUGGGAAAGAAGCCCUGUCUAAGGAGGAAAGUUCUCCCUCCACCCCAGACCGGCUCUUCAAGAUUGUGUUUGUGGGGGAUUCCAGUGUGGGGAAGACAUCGUUCCUGAGGAGGUUCUGUGAGGACCGGUUCUCCCCAGGCAUGGCAGCCACUGUGGGGAUCGAUUACCAAGUGAAGACGGUGAAUGUGGAUGACUCUUGGGUGGCCCUGCAGCUAUGGGACACUGCUGGGCAGGAAAGGUAUCGCUGUAUCACCCAGCAGUUCUUCAGGAAGGCCGACGGUGUCAUCGUCAUGUAUGACCUCACAGCCAAGCAGUCCUUCCUGUCGGUCCGACAGUGGCUGAGCAGCGUGGAGGAAGCUGUGGGAGACCACAUCCCUGUUCUUCUGCUGGGCAAUAAAAUUGACAACGAGAAGGAAAGAGAAGUACCCCGUGGCCUCGGAGAGCAACUUGCCAAGGAGAACAGGCUGAUCUUCUACGAAUGCAGUGCCUAUUCCGGUCACAAUGCCCAAGAGUCCCUGCUCCAUCUAGCCAGAAUCCUCAAGGAGCAAGAAGACACAGUGAGGGAGGACACCAUUCAGGUGGGCCGUCCUGCCAAGAAGAAAUCCUGCUGUGGCUGA